GGGGGCUUGGGUGAAAUGGUGGCGAGCGCACAGGGAGCGAUCCUGCGCUGGCCCUGCCCCUCGGGGAAGGAUCAGGCUGAGCCCAGGGGUCUCGGCUGGCCCCAAUUCCUACCUAUCAACCCCGCACCCCACUGCCCACCAUGGCCGCCUGAGGCUGCCACAGCCCUAAGCCCGUGUCCUGGGCCGGGGUGAGGCCAUUUGUCACCUCCUGCAAACAGGCUGCCCCUGCCCCACCACACCCCUCCCCGCUCGGCGCCUCAGCCAUGGCCUCUCUGCUGGAAGCUUAUCUCCCCGAGUGCGGAGAGUGAAGGAAAAGGGAAGCUCUGCUGGGGGUGGAGGAGGGACGGGGAAGAGCCCAGCCUUGAGAUAAGAAAGUAGACAAAAUAGCGGAGCCCACAGCCCCAGGAACCAGGAGUUGCAGCUGCGUUGGAUGCUCUGUCUCCGAGCCGGAGCCAGCGAUGGAGAAGACCGUGGUGCUCAUUACAGGCUGCUCCUCGGGGAUCGGCCUGGGGCUGGCUGUGCGCCUGGCCUCGGACGCCUCCCGCAGGUUUAAAGUCUACGCCACCAUGCGCAACCUGGCCAAGAAGGAGCGGCUGCUGGAGUGCGUGCGGGGCUGCCACGCCAGCACCCUGGAGAUCCUACAGCUGGAUGUCACCGACCCGCUCUCGCUCGCCGCAGCCGCGCAGCAGGUGCAGGAGCAGCGCGUCGACGUGCUGGUGUGCAAUGCCGGGGUGGGGCUGAUGGGCCCCCUGGAGACCUGCUCCUUCCAGGCCAUGAAGACCAUCUUCGACGUGAACGUGUUUGGGACCAUUGGCACCAUCCAGGCUUUUCUGCCCGGCAUGAAGCGUCGCAAGGCCGGCAAGAUCAUCAUUUCCAGCAGCGUGGGGGCGCUGCAAGGGAUCCCCUUCAAUGCCGUGUACUGCGCCAGCAAGUUUGCAGUGGAAGGUCUGUGUGAGAGCCUGGCUGUGAUCCUCCAGCAGUUCAACGUGCACGUCACGCUGAUCGAGUGCGGCCCAGUCAACACGAGCUUCCUGGCCAACCUGCAGCGGACGGACGCCGAGGGCAGUGCACUGCAAGGCCUGGACCCGCAGACCCGCGCCCUGUACAGCCAGUACCUCCAGCAUUGCCAGAGCCUCUUCCGCGACGUGGCCCAGGACACCGAGGAGGUCCUGCAGGUGUUCCUGGAAGCCAUCUGCGCCCCCUGCCCCCCUCUGCGCUCUUUCACCACCCAGUUCUUCAUGCCGCUCACCCGGCUCAAGCUGACGAGCCCCGACGGCUCGGAGUACGUCCGGGCCAUGCACAAGUUCGUGUUCUCUGCGGGCAAGGCCCAGGGCGACCAGGCGUGAGGGGGAGCAGCGCGGCUGUCCCAGAGCGAGGGGCAGGUUCGGCGUGAAGCAGCCCCUGUAUUGCCCUGAGUUUGUAGGGGGGCUGUGCUCCCCCC